CCGUAUGAUACCAGGGAAGAAUUGAAGGCGAGUGCAGCUGUGAGGGAGAUGUAGGGGUCUUGUCGAGAUACCACUGAUACUGGAUAUGCUCGUGGGGCAGAGGUUGUUAUGUUUCAACGGAGGCGGCAGCUUUGCGUAUGUCUUUACGGAGGAGGUCUAGGAAGAGAUAUUAGAUAUUGAAUGAAGGUUUAUGGAUUGCUGAGGCCUGUGGACGGAGACGGCAAUUGGAGUGAGUAGCCCAAACAGAGCUGCGUUCGAGCGCCAAGCGAUUCUGAGGACAGGUUUUCGGGGUCGAGGCCGGAGGGAAGCGAGGAUAGAAGCAAAGUAAUAUUGGAAAGGAGUAGAGAUCGGAUACAGCAGGGAUGUGUCCAAAUCUAAGAGUGGUGGGAUUGUUCAGGUCCAACGCAUGUUGUGGCUGCUGCCCGCUGCCAUACACGGAGUAGAUGACCUCAGACGAACGGACAGGGAAUUAUAUCACGUGAUUAUAUGCCUGGCGAUGCUCCCGAGGUCUUUUAGCUAUAAGCGGUCUAGCGCCAAAUACGCCAUUAGUCAGCCGCAUCCGGAGCUCGGAUUUCGGCCGAUCCGCGAGAUAUGAGACCACAGAGACAUCGAAACAUCAAAGCAACGCAACGCACAAUGAGAGCGGAAUAACACUCUAGGCUCGCAGGUUGUACUGCAACUCCUCCGAUCUCUCCGGCGUUAAUUCUAAAAUCUGCUGAAAACGACACAACUGCUUGGUGCAGGUUGAUAACCAACAGUUGAGAGCAAGGUUCACUGGCAAUGAGGGGCAAUUAAUUGCAAAUCAUCUAUAGAUGACGUGAAGUGUUCAAUCUUCAACGACUCAGCGUGCACCAGACUGGUGAUAUGUAUCCGACGAAUGCAUGAUUUGCAAUCGCAUUCUUCAUUCUCCCAUUGCACCAUUCAGGCGUUAUCUUAUACCAUAGCAGGGUAUUUACGAAUAAAGAAACAGGUCUCCAAAGGUAUGACGCUCCCCUGACUAACCGAAGAUAUCGGCCUUUUCCCCGCAGCACUUUUUGGGGGAUUGCAGAGUAGCGACGUGAUGGCUAGUUAGCGGUGCAUGGCUUAGUAAUGUUCCGGGAGGGAGGGGGUUGACGAGACCAAUCCGUGAACACCUGAACAGAUCUCCAUCUACCGUCCAUAAGAAACACUAUUUUUGAUUUCAAACCCAGGCCCAUGAUAUACGAGCCGGGAUGUGGAUUUCGAUAGCUCCCUCACGUGCCUCCUAGCAUGUGGACCACUCAAUAUAAAUACUUCGUCCUCCCAUAUCAAGGGAACAGGAAUUUAUAUCGAAAUCAUCAAAUCCUUCCGUCUAUAGUUUCACUACCAUAGCACUUGCCAACUGGAAUAAUCUCCAAACUACUAUAACCUACCAUCAAUUGUGUAUCUUACAUCCUCCUGUCUCUCGAUAUUAAUUCCUGUUUGUCAGAAAAUGUCGUCGACAACAACAACUACUACCAGCCCUUCUUCAACCCACCUUUCUGGCUCCAACCAGGAUGCUACCUACAUCCCCCGCGGACCAGUGGAAGCUCAGAUAUACUAUUUCAAGCCUCCUAGUGACGGAGCUCGUCCCUAUCAAUAUGUCGAGCCUCCUCCAGGGGAACAAAACCGCAACUACAGUGACACGCCGCACUCAGUUACCAUAACUGACAUUCGAAACAACGAAUCUCAAUUCACUCUGGACCGCGACGCCUUCCAGACUAUUGAAAACGUCCCCUCCGCAGCAGAGCCCUCUUUCACCGACGAAGAGAACAUAAAGUCAGUCUACUACCCCGAAGUCGAGAAGCUGAUUUUCGACAAGGUCCCAGGCGCAAAGCGCGUUUUUACCUUUGACCACACAAUCCGCCGCUCCCACGCGGGUGCCAGCCGUGGGCCAGUUUUGCUAGCACACGUAGACCAAACUCCCGCUUCGACAGCAUCGCGCGUUAGGCACCACCUCCCAGACGAGGCCGAGCAGCUGCUCAAGGGCCGCUAUCGGAUCAUCAAUGUAUGGCGCCCAUUGAAUGGCCCCGUGCAAGCAUCUCCUCUCGCCUUUGCAGCGGCAACAUCAGUGCGCGACGAGGAUGUUGUGCCUGUUGAAUUCCGGUAUCCGCACCGCAAUGGUGAAACUGCUGCCGUUCGGUAUAACGAGGGCCAGAAAUGGUAUUAUUGGUCGGGCAUGACCAAUGAUGAGAGGCUGCUGCUGAAAUGCGCGGAUUCAGCCGAUGUUGCGGGGAAGCGGGUGCCACAUACUGCCUUUGUUGAUUCUAGGACACCGGCUGGCGCGCCUGGGAGGGAAAGCAUUGAAGUGAGGACUUUGGUGUUUGGAUAGAAUAAAAGGUGGGGGGAGGGGGAAGCAGAGUGAAUUUAUGAUUUGAUUUUAUUGAUUAUGGAACGAAACUACGCUGGAUAUUUAGCUCUGUUGACUGGGUUUUAUUAUUAUUAUUGUUGUUUUAGUCAUUACGCGCAAAUGAGGCGCAAAACGAGUGUUUUACAUCUCCGUACAAUAAUAAUACAUAACAUUAUGUUAAUCAUCGAUUCUAGUCACUUUUUGUCUUCUUCCAGAGUCUCCUCAUCUGGAGUUGCUAAACAAAAAAAAUAAAAAAUAAAAAAAUAAAAAUAAAAAUAAACUCUUCGAGGGGAACCAAAGACAUAGACCAGACAGAUAUGUUUUAUGUAUUAUAUAAAGAAAACCUUUUGUUAUCUGGUCGGGAGAAGAAACCAUUUUGAAAAGGACAAUUGAUGCCCGCAUAGAUGCAACUGGAAAGGAGAAAGAGAAAAGAAAAACAAGAAACCUAUUUAACCAUAUGUAUGUAUAACAAAGAAAAUAUCCGAUAAAUAGUGAAGGAGCAAAUGAGAGAGAGGAAUAAAG